CGUUGAAUACUAAUGCUGUAUACGAAUAAGGACUAAGAUUUCGACUUAACAUACACUUCGAUACUUCGGUGUUCCAGAUCACAGCGCGUUAUGGCUACACCAGCGAACUACAAACAAAACACAUCAAUGUCGAUGCCAAGUCCUCAAAGCAAUCCGCACUACAUGAUUGCGGGGCCCCCAAUGAGUUUCGGUAUGAUGAAAGGCGGUAUGAAUGCACCGCCACACCAUAACCAAUACCAGUACCACCCGCAAUACCAAGGUGGGCCCCCGAUGGGCCACGGGGGCGGGUAUGGAUGGCAACCCGCACCGCAACAACCACGUUUCGGUGCAGAGAGCGCGCGACGCGCCGCAUCGGGGGCGGCGCAGGGCGCGCAAGCUGGAAAGGAUGACAAGACCAGCCCCUUCGUAUCCACCUUGCAUUCGCACCCUGGAUUUCAACCGCAGAAGAUCGGGAAAGGAGCUGGUGCGGGCGCAGGCCUGCCCAAGCCCCCGAAGCCGCCAGAAAAGCCCCUCAUGCCGUACAUGCGCUACUCUCGCCGCGUCUGGGACAGUGUGAAGGCAGCCCACCCGGACCUCAAGCUGUGGGAGAUCGGCCGCAUCAUCGGAGGCAUGUGGAGGGAUCUCCCGGAGUCAGAGAAGGCUGUGUUUGUCGAUGAAUAUGAAGCGGAGAAGUCGGAGUAUGAAAAGAGCCUCAAGGCGUACCACAACUCGCCCGCCUAUCAGGCGUACGUCGCGGCCAAAAACAAGGCCGUAGUAGUAGGCAACUUGGAGGAGGAGAGUUCGAGUAAGAAGGGAAGCUCCCAGAAAGAGCAGCAACAGCAAGACAGACGGAUUGAUAUCCAGCCUGCAGAGGAUGAAGAAGAGCAAGACGAAGGGGUGUCGGUGAAGCACGUCGCCUACGCGCGUUACUUGCGCAACCAUCGUCUCGUCAACGAGAUAUUCAGCGACACGGUCGUGCCCGAUGUCCGCUCCGUGGUCACCACGGCCAGAAUGCAGAUCCUGAAGAAGCAGGUGCAGUCGCUGACGAUGCACCAGAAGAAGCUGGAGGACGAGCUGCAGCAGAUCGAGGAGAAGUUCGACGCCAAGAAACGCAAGUUCAUCGAGAGCAGCGACGCUUUCCAGGAGGAACUCAAAAAGCACUGCAAACCGGCCGUGGACGAUGAUACCUUCCAACGUAUGGUGGAACGGGCUUUGGAGCAGAUGCGGCGAGGCAUCAACCCCGCCGCGCAGUCACUCGUCAGCGUCGAGAGGAAAGAUGAGCCCAUGGACCAGGAGCAGAACGUGAUCAAACAGGAGAGCAACGGGCCCAACCCCCCCACGCAGGUGGACAAGGUGUCCACGACGGAGGUGAAACCCGAGGGCGGCAACCUCACCACCGAGCUGAACAAGACCGAGCCCGCUCUCAACAAGGACAACGGACAUGCCGAGGAGGGUGGACAAGGUGUCCACGACGGAGGUGAAACCCGAGGGCGGCAACCUCACCACCGAGCUGAACAAGACCGAGCCCGCUCUCAACAAGGACAACGGACAUGCCGAGGAGGGUAUGUAGCACUAUGUUACAACCCCCCCACGCAGGUGGACAAGGUGUCCACGACGGAGGUGAAACCCGAGGGCGGCAACCUCACCACCGAGCUGAACAAGACCGAGCCCGCUCUCAACAAGGACAACGGACAUGCCGAGGAGGGUGGACAAGGUGUCCACGACGGAGGUGAAACCCGAGGGCGGCAACCUCACCACCGAGCUGAACAAGACCGAGCCCGCUCUCAACAAGGACAACGGACAUGCCGAGGAGGGUAUGUAGCACUAUGUUACAACCCCCCCACGCAGGUGGACAAGGUGUCCACGACGGAGGUGAAACCCGAGGGCGGCAACCUCACCACCGAGCUGAACAAGACCGAGCCCGCUCUCAACAAGGACAACGGACAUGCCGAGGAGGGAGAGCGCUCGGAGCCCGCGCCGGAGCUGAAGGCCGAGCCCGCGCCCGCAGCCCCCGGUGCGCCCGCGCAGCGCGUCACGUCGCCGCCGCACCACGCUAUGAUGAUGGCGCCGAACCCGAACGCGCCGCCGCACGGACCCCCGCCGCCCGGAGGUUAG